GCCGGCACAUACCACGGUAUAUCUACGUGAGCCACACUAUCAUAUAAUUCGUACUUUCGUAGCAUUUUUCAUUAAUCAAUUAAGUUCAAUUCACUCCUAAUGUGUCCCUAAACUUAAAUACUCCAUAUAAUUAAAUAGACGACGAUAUAUAUAUAAGCCUCAUAUACAAAACAGACGUUAAAAAUUCAUAUCAUAUAGAGAGUAAAAGAUGUAAACAUACGUAGGAACGGAAAUGGUUAUUAUGAUGGCGGGAAUUGUAUUGUUCAUGUCAAUGCAAUUUAUGCCCUCAUUAGCACAACGAAAUACUCCGUUUUGCUGGGACAGGAUCCAGACUUGCCGUCGAGGAGCCGAGACACCGAUGGAAUUCCAGCAGGUGUGUUGCCCUGUGGUAUUACAAAUAGUAUCGAAUGAGAUGCCAUGUUUCUGCAGCAUCAAGUCUAGUCUUAAUGCGACCGAUGUUGAUGGCAUCUCUAUGCUUCUCACCGUAUGCAACGUUACUGCUUCUUAUAACAAAAUUUGCCCUGGUGUUCCAAGUCCAAGCCCCCCGGGAACUCCAUCAGCUCCACCUCUAUCGACUACUCCAACACCUUCUGCUUCUUCUCCAGGUCCUAAUUCAAGCCCCAAUGUAACUCCUUUAGCCCCACCACCAGGUCCUAAUUCUAGCCCUAGUGAUACUCCAUCCCCAACACCAACAGGUGAAGCUUCAAGCCUUACUCCAAAUCCAACGACAACACCUCUAGGUGAAGGGCCAAGCACUGCUUUAAGUCCAAUCAAUCCACCUCUAGGGUCAGCCGAAAGCCCGACUGCUUUGAGUCCGAAUGGAAAUACAACAGAAACUGGUGCUUCUAACAAGAUUGAGAUGGUCGGUCCACUUUCUGCCCUACUUGUUCUCUCGACUUGUGUCCUGUUUUAGAAGAUGAGGCGGAUCAACAUGUAUUUUGGUCUUUUGCACAAUAAUAUACUAUCUACUUUGUAUUUAAUUUCUAUUGGAAAAUUCUUUUGGAUUUUCUAAUUAGUGUAUCAUUUGAUAUGUUAAUUUUGAGACUUAUUCAACAAUUAAUUAUCACAGUUAAAUAAAAAGAUUAUUUGAUUUCAGCUGUAUCAUAGCACAUCACAACCGUAUUGUAAAGGACUUUGAACCUAUGUUACUUCCUACCUUGAAGUUUUAGGCCGCAACUUGGUGCAUUUUGUGUGUGGUUGGUCAUACCAUAUGAUCGCUUGUAAAACAACAAAGUAUUCCUUAUUACACUGAUGCAAGC